GUUACCCCAAACGCGCAUGCGAUCUUAAAUCCUUGGAUCCCAAAGGCUGGCUAGUAAAGUUGGUGCAUGUUGUUGAGCUAACGUUAAUAUCAUUUUUUAUCUAGUAAACAGAAAAUGGCAGCUAGAUACGACCGAGCUAUAACUGUUUUCUCUCCGGAUGGUCACCUGUUUCAAGUGGAAUACGCACAAGAGGCAGUGAAGAAAGGUUCCACGGCGGUUGGAAUCCGGGGGGAAGACAUCGUAGUUCUGGGUGUAGAAAAAAAGUCUGUUGCGAAGUUGCAAGAGGAGAGAACGGUGAGGAAGAUCUGUGCCCUCGAUGAGCAUGUGUGUAUGGCCUUUGCAGGUCUCACGGCUGAUGCAAGGAUCGUCAUUAACAGAGCAAGAGUGGAGUGCCAGAGUCACAGACUUACAGUAGAAGACCCUGUUACUGUAGAAUACAUCACGCGUUACAUUGCUACACUUAAACAGCGUUAUACUCAGAGCAAUGGCCGUCGUCCAUUUGGCAUUUCCGCCCUGAUUGUGGGUUUUGACUAUGACGGGACUCCACGUCUGUAUCAGACCGACCCUUCAGGAACGUACCAUGCAUGGAAGGCAAACGCAAUUGGACGCAGUGCCAAAACCGUGCGGGAGUUUCUCGAGAAGAACUACACGGACGAAGCCAUUGCCAGUGACAAUGACUCUAUCAAACUGGCAAUUAAAGCUUUACUGGAGGUUGUCCAGUCUGGUGGAAAGAAUAUUGAGCUGGCUGUGAUCAGGAGGAACCAGCCUCUCAAGAUCCUAGAGUCCAAAGAGAUCGAGACACUGGUUGCAGAAAUUGAGAAGGAGAAAGAAGAGGAAGCUGAGAAGAAAAAGCAGAAGAAGCCUUAAUAGGUCAUAGACACACUCAAUCUAACUUCCAUAUGCCGUUAUUGUUUUUUCUUUAUUGGCACAAGCACUUGGUCAACAGUUUGUCUCACCCCAGCCUCAUUUUUCAUCCACUGUUAGUUAAUUGCACCAUUGAUACUUCUCAAAACCCUUUGGAAGUGUUACAUUAAUAAUAAAUCCCUUUUGAUUACAAAA